AUGUCCGAAAAAACUCAAUCAGCAGUGCCGCUGAUUGAAAUCAAGAAGGGCCGUCCGGAAACAUUGAUGUCAGAGAGUUCUCGAAGGACUAAUGCAUCAAUCUCACGCGUCAGAGUCUCAAAAAUGGAUAAUAAAAAAGCAUCUUCUUUGCUGAUGGAAGGCAAAUCGCUAAACACAGUAGGAUUUAAGAAGGGCGGCAUUCAAACACAAGCAGAUUUAACUCAUUUCAGAAACAUCGUUGUUUCAAAAGUUUUUCCAGAAAAAGCAAUGAAUCUUCUAAAGAACUUAGAAGAGUCGAUUUCGCAAAUACCAAUCAAUUCAUACGGCCAAGCUUCUCCAGAAGAAAAAUUUGAAAUCUUAAAUCAGCUUUGUGAUGCAUAUAACUUUGCUUGGAAUGAAGGAUGCAUACAGUUAAAGGAAAUUAGUGACGAGCAUGGCAAGCUAUUUGCAAAAAUCAAAUUAUUUUAUAUGUCGUUAUUAGAGAAGUAUCCGAAGCUUAGCGAAUCAUAUAAUGACGAGAUACACAAACUACGAGAUAUGAUCUCUUUGAAAGACGAAAAUAUCAAAGUCAUCGAAAAAGAAUUAAAAAAUCAUUAUAAUCGAGCUGAAUCAGCUAAAAAGUUUAUCACAGAUGUUCAAAAUGAAGCAACAACACAGAGAACCAAGAAGAGACAGUACAGAGAACAAGCAAAUGAACGGUCAGUACAAAUUGAACAACUCAAGAGCUUAGAAACCGAACUUAGACUACAGAUCACCAUACUAAAAGAAGAAAACGACCGUUUAAAGGUACAAAAAACCGUUCCAAACAUAAAAGAUACUUCGAAUUACGUUGAUAUUGGCACGGAUCCAAUAGAAAUACCUCCGCCAAAGAUCAGAGAGUCACAGUCAUCAAUUUUUACAAGGUCCGGUGGCAAUUUCAUCUCCAGAUCUUCAUCAAAAAGAAAAAUAACAAGAGUUGA